AGCUGCAUUUUCUUCCAUGAUGAGUUGGAUGAAGUGUUGUGUGUAUGCAUGCGGCAGCUGCAAGAAGGAGCACACGCCUGCACAUGUGUUUAUGACCAUCCACAGAUGACGUUUUGCCAGUUAGAUGUCACCAUCAAGGCAAAGGUGGUUGCGCAGACGACAGUUGGUGGUAAAUUUAACAAUGAGAUCAAGUAUGACAUCAAACUGACCAAGAUAUUGAAAGGCCCCAACAGACCCUUUGAUACCAUCUACACUGCAUCCUCCUUUGCAUCAUGUGGUGUGAUUCUGAACAAAGGUGUAGAAUAUUUUAUCACAGGCAAACUGACGCCUGACGGGUCUCUGUACGUGUCAUCCUGUAACUAUGUUGUUCCCUGGAAAAGCAGCCACAAGAUCCUGGUAGAACGUUAUAAGAUGGGCUGUGAUUGCAAGAUCAAUUGAUGUCACUCUGUUCCUUGCGGAAUCAGUGGUCCAGCUGAGUGCUUGUGGACUGACUGGCUGACUGGGACAGUGGAGCAGGACAAACAAUGUGCUUGCAUCAAGAGAAGUGAUGGUUCUUGUGUCUGGUACAAGGAGGCCGCUUCACCCAAAAAGGGUUAAUGAACAUAAUAGACCCUAAAAACUCCACCAUGCAAAACAUGCCAAUUCUGAAUAAAUCAAUUAAAUGCAA